AUGACGCCUACACUAGCUCGCAAACCCCCCUCGCCUUCCUCAGACGACGACGCCGCAACCCAGCAGCUCCUCACCGAAUCCCAUUCCCCACUCCCAGACUUGCCCGCACCGUCCGCGGUCCUCGGCGCAAACCUCCUCAACGCAGCGCGCAUAAACCCUCCUAGCUUUCCAGAGUGGAAGGGGAAACAAGGCCAGGGAAAACUCAAGCGGGUCAGCCUGAAGAGGGAUGAGAGCUCAAAACAGAAUCUAGCGGUUAGAGGUGACCCGUACGAGAUUGAGCUGAGCCCUGAGAAGGGCAGAUAUGCAUUACCAGAGAAGGUCAACCACAAGCCCUUGAAGAUCCUUAAGAAGAAAAAGAAUAAAGGCAAGGCGAAAGCAGUGGACGUGUCGAGUGAUGCUCCUGUAGCUUCGUCGGAGCUUCCGGUGCAGACCGAAGGCGGAUUGCAGGUGGAUCCCGAAGAGCUGGUGGAGAAUUUGGCUUUGCCUGGAGACCUGGUAUCAGCAGAGACUGACCUACGUUCCUCACCGCCUCGACUCGUUCCGUCGCAAAGCGAUACCGUAGCCGUCGAUAACACUCGUCAUGAGCAACCACCCAGUGUGGGCGAAAGACCGUCUGAUGCGCUAGAGCAUCUUGCCAACACACGAGCAAUAUCGAAACGCAAAUCAGAGUCGGAACACGGUGAUGAUAGACCUGCGAAAUGUCAGAGAGAACAGAGGCAAGCGACUGCGGAAUCAGUCUCAUCAAGGAAGGCUCAUCCACGGGUCCGAAUUCCGGUCCGGCGGAGAUCGCAAGAGCAGAGCACCACAGAGAAGGUGGAUUACAGUAACCACGAACAAGGAACGCAAGAAAUCGCCGACGAUCCUGUACAAGAGAAAGGCUCACGUCCAAAACGUGCAGCACCAAAACUAAAAUCUCGAAGAAAACUUACCAAUGAUACUACAGUGACCAGUCAGCCGUUACCGGCCAGGAAGCGAGGACCCCAGAUCUACGCAAAACCAUCCAAGAAAGCUUCAGAAAUAGCCAAUGUCAUAGAGAUCGAAAGCGCGUCUGGAAGUGCCCAGUCCGAUUACGAGUCCGAGCGUGAGCCGGAUGCAGAGAGAUCUGAAAGCAUUUCGGACGACGGUCACAAGACAGUACGUCCUACAGGACAGCCUGGAAGUAUUGAAACCAUCUUCGAGUUCCUCAACCUUAAGCCACGGCCAGGAGAGUGUGAAACUAAGAUCGCUACUUCGAUCAUCCGUAAAUGCAACAUACACCGCACCCACCUUCAGGAUAGCGAUAUACCGACGGAGCAAGUUGCUGAAGAUGUUAAUGAAUUACAAGAAAUUCUCAGGAAGAUCAACGCUCGUGUCAAAGAGAAAGACCAGCGCGCCUUCAAAGGUGACGCGUAUGGCCAUGUCUUCCGUGCUGUCAUACUAUACCUCGAAGCACUAUAUAUUUGGCUGGACGACAACGACGGUGCAGUGACCGACUCACUAGACGCUUUGCGGAUACUGUCGCCCUUGAUACGCCAGAUAUUGGCAUUUAAGGACACGAUUGCGGACUGGAAUGUCUUUGUUCCCAAGCACUUCAAGGGUGAUAGAAUUAUCAAGGACGUGGAUAUCAGUCUCAUUGCACAUCUUCGACACGUAGACAAGACAUAUCGCAGAUGUUUGAGUAGGCUUGAAGCUACGGAACAACAUCGCAAGCAGCAAGCAGAACUCGAUCGCAAGAUGAAAGAGCAGAAAGAGGAGGAAGACCGCAAGACCAUGUCUCUCGAGGCACAAACGCAGCGGUGGAAACGUUGGCAGGAUCUGCAUAUCAAGCGCAUGCUCUGUGAAACUGAUCCGCAUAGAAGACUGAAGUUGGCCAUCACAAGGCUCGAAGACUUGGAAGAAAAAGACGCCAACGGUGUCGUUUUCGAGCGGCUACCGGUCUUUACAUCUCGGUCUGCUCCUCCACAUCGUCAAGCUUCGACAUUGGACGACAGCCAACAAUGGACUGAACAAGAAGAGACCGCUUUACUCGACGGCUUGAAGCGUUAUGCUGGUCCGCAAGUUUUCGAGAAGAUCUUCACAACGUAUUGCAAGCCUAAUCCGUCUCGUCCGCUGGGUGGAUGUUUGCGCGAAAGGAGUGUCGUAGAGAUUGUUAUGAAAGCAGCGCAAUUUCGAUCAAACUUGCAGAAGUUAUAUCAAGAUAACGGCUGGGUAGUGGAGGACUGGGUUACAAAGAUUCCGGUGAUGCCCACGAAUCCCGUACCCGCACAAUCCUCAGCCAUAAUGUCGCUUCCCGCGAACAUUAACACCGCGGCUAGAACACCUUACUCAGAGGCAGUCAGUCUUGAACAUUACAGUAGUAAAACGGUGAAUGAACUUAAGAUUCUGGCUAAGAUUCAUGGCGUUCCUGAUGGUGCAGAACUGAGGGACAUUGUCGCGAUUUUGAUGGAGAAAGAUCGAGUGAACGGUGUGUGGCCUGGUAUGUUCGAUGAUCCUGAGACGGAAGAUACUAAAGGUUCGCGUGUCGCGCCAGUCAAGCAGACCUUAAAGAAGACUGAGACACGUUCUGAGACCAACAUCGCCACUGGAGGACAGUCCAAAUCUGCUUCUGUUGCUACCGUCCUCAAUAACAAUAAAGUCGCCGAAACUCCAACAGCCACCAUGACCGCGACAGGAUCCGAGAACGAUACCGCUAUUCCCAUAUCGCAGUUGAGGAAAGAGUGGGAUGGAUUAUGGGGCCCGCCUUUCGCUUUCUCCAAAGUCGCUCCUGUCGACCCGAAGUCGCAAGGCACGUCUAUAGCUACCGCCGGAUCCAUCCCCACUAGGUCGAAGUCGCCCGUUUCUCCCGUUUCUUCUGCAUCUUCUGCUUCGUUGAAGUCGAAUAGGUAUGAAGUUCUCGCAACCGAGGAAAAGGAGCUUGUCGAACAAGAGGAGCUGUUGACCGAUGCAGUCGAGGAGGAUACUCCUGCUGCGAAGAUGAGUAUACAGAGCGCACCAUCUGUACAUGGGGAGUCUCUCGCUAUUCAAACAUUCUCACACCAAGUUGACGGGGAAGAGAACGUACAUCUGGCGAAUGAGAAUGCUGACGUUGGUGAGAAGACCAAGAAGAAGGGGAAGCGUGGCAAGGAGGGCGGAAGGAAGGUUAACAAGGCCAAGACCGACGCUGCCCAGUCUGCUGCGACUGAGAUUGAAAAGACUGAGCCAUCGACGUCCGAUGCUUCCAUCAGUUCGAAGCAGGCUGAAGAUGUUCCGCUGCCAGUUUCGCCAGCCAAGGUAGAGUCCACUGAAGGCAAGGUGGAGUCUACGCUCGAGGUCUCUGGACCGCUUCCCGUUGUUCAGGAGAAUGAUGGGGCCAUUGUCGAGCCCUCGACGUCGGUCGCACCGACAGAGAUAGAAGAACACAUCGAGGAACAAACCAAUGCUGAUCAGUUCAGGCUCAUCAAUGUUGAGGAUACUGAAGGGUCGCUAUUGCCUAUCGAAAGUCCGAUCUCAGAGCAGUCUGCUGACUCUCCACCCGCGGCACCAUCUGAGCCAACAGUAGAGUCAUCCGAGAAGGCUCCCAUACAUAUCUUCCCUGUCGCUCCUCCUGUACCACUGCCUUCUACUGAAACUGCACAACCUCCUACACCCGGCAAGACGAACAACCAGAGGCGCAACGAAAAGCGUAAGGAAAACAAGCAGGCGGCGACAUUGUCAAACAUAUACGACGUCCUCAUGUCUGAGCAAUCCGCCGAUGCGUCAACACCAGAUUCACCUGAUAAAAAGGAGGAUGAAAACAAAGACAAUAGCGAGGGUACUGCUCCAGCAGCCAAGAAGAAGAAGCGUGGCACAAAAGGCGGCAAGAAGGCGCAGGCGCAGAAGAAGCACCAGCCUGUAUCGAUCGUCGAAACUAUGGCUACUCCUAUCGCUGAGACGGUUGCUGGACCCGUCGUCCAGACUGCUGUUGCAACCAAGAUUCAGCCGAUCCAUCUGGCUUUGGGUGCUGUUGUUGCGAUUCUUGCUGGUGCUGUGGGAACUUGGGCUAUAAUUUAA